GGAAGCCAUGACUAGAUACACCAGUCCGGUGAACCCUGCUGUGUUUCCUCACCUCACUGUAGUGCUGCUGGCCAUCGGCAUGUUCUUCACCGCCUGGUUCUUCGUGUAUGAAGUAACGUCCACGAAGUACACGCGAGAUCUGUACAAAGAGCUGCUGAUUUCUCUGGUGGCUUCGCUCUUCAUGGGCUUCGGCGUUCUGUUCCUCUUACUGUGG